UUAAUUAGUAGAAGAAGAAGACUUCCCGUCAUGCAAUAGGGCGCGCGGAAUUGGAUUUCAGUUCUGGUUCGACAUAAAUAAACAGAAACUUUCAUCGAUAUAAAACUGAUAUAAGGAUUUAUGUUGUUACAUUAACGAGUUAGACUGGCUGUUUUAUCUUUAGAAACAAUACCAGCGGUUCCCCGGUUUGUUUGGCAGGUCGUGUUGUCAGGUGUCAGGUGGUGUGUGGAUGUGGAUGGAGGAUGAGCAGCCCAAGUCUGAGCAGUGAGACCUCCAGACCAGCUGACCUGUUUGAGAAUUUAUGGAGGCAACUGUUGGAGACCCAUCAGAAUGCACUGCAGGAACUGGAGGCUAAAGUGAGCAAGCUUAAGAAGGAGCGUUGUUUGGAUGCUCAGAAGCUUGAGGUGUUUUUCAACCGCCACCAGCAGCUGAAGGAGCAAAAUAAAAACCUGCAGGACACCGUCAUUCAGCUGGAGGAAAGGCUGCGUUCAGGAGUGUGUGAUCAAUGUGCCGUAUUAAAGGAGAAUCUGAAAAACAACAAGGAGGAGAAUUUACAACUCAUUGACAAACUGAAGAAUGAAAGAAAGAGUCUGGAGGAUGAAAACAGAAAACUUGAAGCUGAAGUGGAGAAGUUGAAAAAAUCCCACUCGGCGCAGCAGCAGACCUUGUCCCCAGAACAUGAAGAAGGAAUCAUUCCAGACUCGCCCGUCCUCACGAGCUCGCUGCCUGCCGCAAACAAACUGAGGAAACGCAGAAACAUGGACAAAAUUAAACACGUUCGUUACGCAGAGUCGUUUCUACCACAGCCUAACAACUCUAUCUUUAAUGAACCGAGAAAGGUGCCUGGAAGAGCAGAGGUGCUCGUUCCCAACACGUGUGAACUGGACACAUCCCAGAUCUCGAAUUAUGUGAAUGAAAACAUGGAAGUAGAGAUUGCAGAAACCUGCGCUCUAGAUCUUCUAGAGAAGCCUCACAUGAAAACUAAGAAGACGGCCGGCCCUCAAAGCUUCUCCGAAUCAUCCCUGAAGUUCAGUGUUCAUUUAAAACCCGCACUGAUCCACAGUCCAGACUCAACCACACUAGGAUCCCCCUCCCUGCUCCCGCGUGUUAAACGCCUCUCAAAGGAUGACUCCGUCAACAGAGCAAAGAGGAAGAAGGAGGAAGAUGAGCUAGAGGACAAGCAAGGACAGCAGCCUGAGCUGAUCAAACCAAGUGCUUCACCUUUAACCAAUCAGAGCUUCAAGAAGGAGACGCUGGACAUCAGGGUCAGAGAAACUGUUUCUGCUGGGACCUCCAGCCAAAAGCCAAAUGUUUCCUUUGUCAGUCCUGGCUUCAAGAAACCACUCGCUCUUAAAGAAGUAAACAAAGGCAGUGUUGGUAAGAAAGGUAACCAUCCAAAGCACCCGAAUGCCUCGCACGAGCAUCACAAAGAAGAUAACGCUGAAAAGAAGAUCAAAGUGGAGCCGAUGUGGAGCAUCGACCCGGCGCUCGCUCUCUCCAUGUAUGACAGCGAGUGUGAAAGAGAUGAGCAGGAGGAAGACGAGUGUCAUGGAGAGCUGGAGGACACAGACUGCACCUGGGUCAGUCACAGUGUGCUGCAGCGACAGGACAGAGCAGACAGCGUGCCUGGUCUUGGCGAGAAAGCAAACGACAGUCUGGACAUGAUGUUUGACACAACAGCCUGUGGAGAAUACAAGUCCUUCAACAGCCAGCACAUAGGCCAGAGCCAGCCUUGUGAGGGAGAUGAUGAUGGCGAUGAAGAAGACAGUGACUGUGAAAACAAUGAAGAGCAGGAUCCCGAUGAAACCACACUGAGUCAGAUCAGAGGGAACAAAGCGAGUCGGCCAGCAUUCGCUCACGUGGCUGUGAUUCGUAAAAAGGACGAGAGGAGGAAACUGAAGGGAACCACCUGCAAAGAAUGUGAAGUUUAUUACGCUCAUCUCCCCGAGGAGGAGAAACAGAAGAAGUUGUCUUCGUGUUCGAGGCACAGAUUUCUGUAUGUUCCUCCGUGUACGCCUGAAAACUUCUGGGAAGUUGGAUUUCCAUCCACUCAAACCUGCAUUGAAAGAGGUUACAUCAGGGAGGAGACGAAUCCUGAAGCUCGCACUCGGAGACGACAGCCGUUUAACGCCUUAUUCUCCCCGAAGAGGAACCAACAGGAAAGCAACAACAGUCUGUCUCUGUAGGACUGUUUGAAUGAACAGGCUGUGGAAAAACACUACAAAGCUCUGUCUCAUACAGCAAGGCAAACUGUGUCCAUAUUUAAGAAUAUAAUUUCAAUGUGAUUUAUACUGCACAGACUGUUUAAAGAUUUAGUGUUUGACUGCUUUUAGGGACUGAGUGUGAUUAAGAUCUUUGUAAAUAAAUAAAAUGAACAAAAUAUCAUAAAUCAAAA